AUGUCCCAAUUUAUUAUUUCUGAUCCAUUAAUAUCUCCUUUUAACAGUGAUCCAUUGAUUUAUAAUUCAACAGCGACUCGAUUUCCUCCAAAUACAACUAUCUCAAUAAUGUUCAAAGAAAUGAUGAUCGAACAAUGGAAUCCAUCAUCAUCAUAUGAAGUAUUUUAUGGAUUAUGUGCACCUAAAUAUUGCACUUAUUCUCAAAGAAUUCGUACGCAAAAUUUUAGUGGAGUAAUAGUAACAUUAAUAUCUAUGGUUGGCGGUAUUGUAGUUUCAUUACGAAUUGGGACACCUUAUUUUGUUAAAUUUAUUCUUAAACUUUUGACAAUAUUCAAGAAAAACACACAACAAAAAGUACGAAGAGAACGAGUUAAACACGGUUGGUUUAAUCGAAUGAAAAUAAUGGGACAAAAUAUGAUGAAACGUCUGGCAAAGGUUGCAACUGAAUUGAAUAUCUUUUCAGCGCAUAAUUUCGGAAGUAAUGUUAAUCGAUCAACGGUGAUAUCGUAUGGUCGAUCGGCAACUCGGCUUUAUAUUCUUUUAUUUAUUAUUAGUCUUACAAUUCUUAUCUUUUACACAAUUAUUCGACCACAUACUGCAAUAAAAACUUUUGAGAAACUAUCAUUAACUUCGUAUCAAAAUUUUCAUCGAAAAUAUGGAAAUAAAUUGAAAUGUCCAUGUUCAAAAAUAGCAUCAACAUAUAAUGAAUCUCUAGAAAUUAAACCGAUAUUCCAUUCGAUUUGUUCAAGUGACUUUACUACCGACAAAUGGAGAGUUGCUGUAACAAAUAAUCUUAUUUCGAAUUUAUCGGUGUAUUCUACAAGAGAUUAUCGUCGAUUCAUUUCUGCUCAUAUUCAAUAUCUUCAAGGAUUAUGUCGAAUCUCGAAAGAAGUAGUUAAUAAUGCCAUUAAUGAAUUUCUUUCAUCAUUAUUAGUCACUGUUGAACUUCUUUCCGAACAAGAUUUUCACAAUCGCCUUAACACUCUUGUCAAACAAAGUGAAUUGAAUGCUCCUAUUUUACUUUCUCGCUUUCUCUUCAUUACUCGCAUCGUUUAUCAUGGAAAUGCUUUUAUGUCAACAUAUGGAACAAAUUUUAUUUAUGCUACUUUGCCGAAACUGAAUACAGACACUUAUGCAUAUACAGAGGCGAUGGUUUAUGACAAUAAUUGUUCAUGUGGAAUAUCUUCGAAUUGUACAACCCAAGCAACUUUUGUUAUUGAUGGAAAUCCUUCAAAAAUAUUUCCAAUUGAAGGAUUAAAAAUGGGAUGUACAGCAAGUGAAUCUUUUCGUUUGUCAACUCUUGAAUGUUUCUAUAAUCAAUCAUGCCUUAGUCUUAUUCAUCGACAUACAAAUUAUCAAGAAAAUCAUUCGAUUUCUAUUUUAAACAUAUCACACCAUUUUCCACCAAAUACAACUAUUAAUGAAUUGAUUGAUAAGUCAUUUGUGGAACAAUGGUCAAUAAAACCGAGUUAUACAUCAUAUUAUUAUCAAUGUAUGUCAUUAUUAUGUUCAUAUACUUAUAUUGAAACAUUUAACAUAUUAUAUAUUAUUACUCUUUUCCUGAGUUUUCAAGGUGGUUUAACAUUAGUUUUGAAAUGGGUUUGUCCAAAAAUAGUUCGAAUUUUCAUGAAAAUUUAUUUUUAUUACACAAGACAGAGAAGUUCAAUUCAUCCAGUUAGUUCUCUUGAGAUGUCAUUAAAUAACAUCCAUAUUGAUACUGCAAAUGCUGAUGUUGACAUUCGAACAACAGAUAAUAUCACAACGAAAAAAACAAUUAAUUCAUCAAUUCAAUGGUAUUCAAAGAUAAUUCUGAUAGUGGUAUUAUUAAUAUUUCUGAUUGUUGCUAUUAUUAUUUUUUCAAUUUAUCAUACUAAAAAUGAACCACCUUGUCAAUUCAAAUUUCAACAAAGAUCAAUCAAUAUUUCUUGUCACGAAGGUUAUGCGGGAAACUUUCUUAUUGCCACUGCUGAUUUUAAUAAUGAUAAUCAAGCUGAUCUCAUUUAUUAUUGUCAAUUAUCCGGAUAUCAAAAGAUGUUAGUAUUAUUGGGUGAUGACAAUGGAACAUUUCAAAACUCUAUAAUAAUACCAUCUGAAAAUGUUAGCGGGGCAUCAAUGCUCCAUACUGCUGACUUCAAUAAUGAUAAUCGAUCUGAUGUCAUUUUGCUACAUGAAGUUGAUUUAAAGCGGCGUCUUACGCUUUUACUUAGCAAUGGAGAUGGAACAUUUGAAGCAAAUAUGUUAUCUAUAAUAAUAGAUGAGUUGCCAAGAAAAAUGACUGUUAAUGAUCUUAACAAUGAUAAGAUAUUGGAUAUCGUUAUGAUUAUGGAAAAAGAUCCCAAUGUAUAUGUGAUGUUUGGAAAUAGAGAUGGGGAUUUUUCAAUAAUAUUUGUUUUAUUCACAGAACUUUACAGUGAAUUAACAGAUUUAGUUGUUGGUGAUGUUAAUAACGAUACUUAUGUUGAUAUUGUUGUGUACGAUUAUAAAUCUUCACAUAUUUAUGUAUUUUUUGGAUCAACCAAUGGAACAUUUCAAGCACAGAAGCCGUUUUUCACCUCUUUCAAACCUAUAUUUAGUUCUAUAGCAAUAGGUGAUUUCGAUAACGAUUAUCAAUUUGAUAUUGCUAACGUGCAUUAUUGGAAAGAUAUUAUUUGUACGAUAUAUCAAUAUAAUAAUAGACGUUUCAAUAAAAAUAAGAAUACUACCAUAAAGUCCCUUGGUAAAUUGACUUCAAUUGUUAUAGGUAAUAUUAAUGGUGAUAAUUAUUUAGACAUUAUUCUUGCCCUAAAUGAUCCAUAUCGAAUUUAUGGAUUACUUGGAUAUGGAAAUGGUCGUUUUUAUUCACAGGAAAUUCAUUGGAGUGAAUCUAUAUAUGCUUUUCAGUGGUUUGCCGUAAAUGAUUUCAAUAAUGAUGGUUAUCAAGAUAUAAUCAGUGCCAGUAGUGAAGUGAAUAUCAUCGAUAUUUUCUUAAACAAAGGUGAAUGUUCUACCAUCUAA